CUCGCUAGAACACUUACCAACCCCGUCGAACCUUGUAUACGAGCCGGAACUGGCGGCAAUUCUGAUUUGCACACAGCCACCUGAUCGUGAGCUCUUGUUUUCCCCAACUGCCACUAUACAAAACACAACUACCGCGGUUUCUUCAUGCUUGGGCUGUGUCGACGACGUCUAUUCUCAACCGUCCCGUGGUUUGUAGACGCGAAUGUGGCACCGCGCUCUUCCCCGCCACAUCUGUCUCUACACGAGAUACCUCCACUGCCGUUUGACGCGCCGCAAGUAGUGAAAGAACUCCAUGCUUUACUGGCGCAAUCGCCUCUUCUUGAGCCGACGUCUCUGAUUGUGGCGAAACCAAGGUCUCUGCCUCCUGGUCCUCCACUUCCUCUCAGGGAACCUCAGGGUCGACGCAAACGAGGGGGCACUUUUUCUGGUCACUCAGAAUUUGAGGUCCCAGGUUCACUUUGGAACUGGACAGUCAUGGCACAGGUCAAGGAGGGCACUGAAAACAAAGGUGCGAUCGAGUCUGUGGUGCGAAUCGUGCGCAAAACGCUGCUCACUCACCGCCCACCUCUUCCGAUUCCUCCCAACUCUAAACACCGGGAGAACAAUGGCUGGGCUUUAGUAGAUGCUGGCUCGUUUGCUGUGCAUGUACUCAGCAAACAGGCUAAGGAUAAAUACUUCCCUGUGGAUAGAUACGACAAUCGUGACUGGUGAUUCCCUUGCGCAAGCUGGAGCUCCUUCAUCUCACAUGCCAUGGUGCCAUGCUCGUCAGAGUUGACUCCCGCUUGACGUCAGACCUUCGCCCUCCCUAGUAUAUAUACACCGCGUACGCACACCGGGGACUACUCACAAAUGGCUUUGAACGACAAGAAUCUUCUCAACAACGCACAGGGCGCCGGUGUCUAUCCUGGCAUGGCGAACCCGACUAGUUCUUCAAUGCCCAACGACCCCAUGGAAACAAACUUUGUUAACGAUCCGACUACCGAUGACAAGGGGGCCGGCGCCGGUCCCAAUUUCGAAGGUCACAAGCAAGCGCAACGUUUGUUCAAGGAACAGGCAGGCGUCGUCGAAGGUGCACCUGGAAUCAUCGAGAGCACCAACGUACAUCCUCUUCGACCAGAUUCAAACGAUGACGAUGGGUGGGCACACGCUACUAAACAGCCGAACGCCGGUAGCACAGACUCCCCCAACGAGCAGAGUUUUGCAACCCAGGCCAUGAAUAAAGCCUCCGGCGGCGCAAAAAUGGCUUACGGUUACGCCACUGGAAACAAAGAGGUGCACAAGCAGGGAUCGGAUGAGUACUAUGGCCAACAGUAGAGAGAUGGUGUAGCACCCUGUAGCACUUCCAUUUCAUCAUUGUACAAUUAGUCAUCAACAUUAAAUCAGUCCUUGAGCUCAUACUAUGACUUCAAGAGCAGGAGGUCUCUACGGUGGCCUUACGUUCUCGUCCGGAGUAUCCGUCCCGGCUUCAACACUCCCAGCUCCCGCAGCCGACCCUGUGCCUGUUGUUGAACCCGUGGAACAACCCGCCGCUCCAGUCCAACAACCUCAGCCCGCUGAAGAUUUGGGAAACGCAGGACCCGCCGGAAAAUCCACAGCUGGAUGGUCGUCCUCGCUCGCUUUCGCUCCAGUGCGGCGUAAUGCUGUACAGAAACCCAAGCCCACGACAGCUCGGCUUCCCGUCGGGGCGGCCUUCACGACUGUCGCGAGCUCCGCCGUCGUGUCUUCCUCUGCGGUAGUGUUUGCGCCUCCUGCCUUGAUCGAACCUGCAGCGAAAGACGACGCGCCAAAAGCCGCUGAACCAGGUGGAUGGGGCAAGAAAGUGAAGCCUCCAUCGAUGGUGCUGGAUGAAGAUGUGAAUGGCUACAAAUCCGCGUAUUCGAAGCGGAAGGGCGGUCAAGGUCCAGGUGGGAAAGGGAAAGGCAAGAAGAACAAGAACAUUCCCAGCAUAUCUGCUUGGGAUCCUACAGAGCCAUACGACUUGCUUCGACCAAAUGAUUACAACGAGUACAAAGUGUGGAAACAGAAAGAUCGUAUCGACCGUCGAGAGCGUCUCGCUGAAGAGCGUCGCCGCGAAGAUCGCAAACGUGGAAGGAGCGAUAGUCCACUGUACAGCGAGGACGAGCAUUCAGACGAGGACAAACGACCGAGGAAAUCUGGACGAUAUGAUUCAGAGGAUCGCGGAGUUCAUGACCCAGUUUUGCCCGUGUCUGUUGCACCUCCUCCUGCAGACCUUACCGGGGAUGAUGCCUACCAACGUCGGGUGGCGUUGUCGCAAAAGUUGCCACCGACCAUAGAACAGGAAAUGCCUGCUCCAAAAGUGACAGAAACGGGCGAUGAGGCGUAUCUCAAACGCAUCGCCAUGUCUAGCCAACCUCCGCCGGCCCCGGUGGCCCGUCCAGCUUCUCCGCCAGCUCUAGCCUACAACCCGUUCGCACCGCCAUCGGCACCACCCCCUCCGCCGGGACCACCACCUUCGUUAACGACGGCAUUGGAUGCCAGAGUCAAAGCUGCCGCAGCCAUCGCCGCUCGUCUCGGGGCCUUGAGCGGGCAAAACGAAGCGGACGAAGCGGUAGCGCAAGCUGCGCCGGCGAAAAAGCCUGACCCUCACGGCUAUGCUGCGCGGCUCAUGGCGAAAUGGGGUCACAAAGAGGGCCAGGGACUGGGGGCUGAUGGCUCCGGGAUCGUGAAUGCGCUCACUGUCGAGCAAGUGAGCCAGACGAAGAGCAACAAAGCUGGGCCUAGCGGCAAGGGCAUGGGCUCCAAAAUGGGCAAAAUCAUCAACAACAAUGAAGAUCUCAAAGCGAGAGAGGACAGAGAACGCUUUGGUGAGCCCAGCAAGGUCGUCGUCUUAACCAACAUGGUCGGGAUCAACGACAUAGACGAGGAUCUCAACGAGGAAAUUGGCGACGAAUGCUCCAAGAACGGUGUCGUGGACAGGGUUGUCGUCCACGUGGUCAGCCCUCCACCGUCGAAUCCGGAAGAGGCGGUCCGCAUAUUCGUCUUGUUCGGUGGGCCAACUGGAGCUUGGAAGACUGUACGAGAGCUGGACGGCCGAUUUUUCGGCGGGCGAAUGACGCGGGCUCGAUAUUUCCCUGAGAAUUUGUUUGCAAAACACGCCUUGGAUGUUCCGUUGUCUUGA